AUGUUGUCUGGAAGUGGAAAACGAAAAAAGAGAAAAAGAGAGGAAGAGAUGAUGAAAUCACAGUUUGGAGCCAUGGAUAAAUUUGUGGUGAAAAGGGUAGAUACAAAUGAGAUUUUGGAUAACACAAAUGAAAAUUUAGAUCAUUCAAAUGAAAAUGAUGAUAAUGUCGAAGUUAAUGAAAAUGAUGAUAAUGUUGAGGUUAAUGAAAAUGAUGAUAAUGUUGAGGUUAAUGAAAAUGAUGGUCAUGUUCCUAAUGAUGUACCGAAUGUAACUCUUGAUGAUGAAUCAGACAUUUCGCAUUUGAAUAUUUAUGAUCCAAGAUAUUGGGAAAAUCUUGAUAAUAAAUCGAAGGAUAUUUUAGUUGAAAAAGGGCCUCAAAGAGAGAAGAAUCUUGAUUUUCCAUUGGACAAAUCUUUUAGGCAUUUUUCAUAUUCUUAUUAUUCCAGAAAGUUGAGCAAUUGUGAGGUUAGUGAUCGAAAAUGGUUAGUUUAUUGCAAACCUAUUGAUAAAGUAUUUUGUUUUUGUUGCAAGUUGUUUAAAUCUUCUACUAAUUUAAGCUUGCUAGCUAAUGAUGGCUUAAGUGAUUGGAAGCAUCUUAGCCAAAGGCUCAAACAACAUGAAAAUAGCGCCGAGCAUAUGACUAAUAUGAAUACUUGGAAUGAAUUGAGAAUGAGAUUAGACAAAAAUCAAACAAUUGAUAAACACGUGCAAGAAGAAAUUGUGAAAGAAAAAGAGCGUUGGAGACAGGUUUUAUAUAGAUUAUUUUCCAUUGUGAAAUUUCUUGCUAAGCAUAAUCUUCCCUUUCGAGGAUCCAAUGAAAAAUUAUAUCAAGAUAGUAAUGGAAUUUAUCUUGGAUCAGUUGAAAUGAUUGCGGAUUUUGAUUUGGUAAUGCAAGAUCAUUUGAGACGAAUUCAAAACAAUGAAAUUCAUCAUCAUUAUCUUGGACAUAAAAUUCAAAAUGAAUUUAUUUCUCUUUUGUCUCAAAGUGUUAGGAAGUCUAUCAUUCAGAUUGUUAAAGAGGCAAAAUAUUUUUCUAUUAUUCUUGAUUGCACUCCUGAUGUGAGCCAUCAAGAACAAAUGACUCUUAUAAUUCGUUGUGUGAAUAUGUCAAAUAAUAAAAUAAAAAUUGAGGAGUUCUUUGUGGAGUUUUUGAAAGUUGAUGAUACAUCUGGAUUAGGACUUUUUAAUGAAUUGCCAAGUGUUUUAAAGACUCUUGAUCUUAAUGUUGAUGAUGUGAGAGGCCAAGGCUAUGAUAAUGGUUCCAAUAUGAAAGGAAAGCACCAAGGUGUUCAAAAGAGAUUUCUUGAAAUUAAUCCUAAAGCAUUAUACAUGCCAUGUGCUUGUCAUAGUCUUAAUCUUACUCUUGGUGAUAUGGCACUUUCUUGUACUAAGGCUAUUUCAUUUUUUGGAAUCAUUCAACGUUUGUAUUCAUUGUUUGCGGGAUCUACCAAGAGAUGGAAAAUUUUGCUUGAUAAUGUUCCUGGUUUAACUGUAAAAUAUUUGUCUAAUACUCGUUGGGAGAGUCGAAUUGAGAGUGUUAAAGCUAUUAGAUUUCAAUGUCCCCAAAUAAUGUUGGCUUUGAAAGAAUUAUUUGACUCUAGUGGUAAGGAUGCACUGGGAAAAAGUGAAGCGGAGAGCUUGAUCAAGGCCCUAAAAAGUUUUGAAUUUUUGCUUGGUAUGGUCAUUUGGUAUGAUAUAUUAUUUGCUAUUAAUGUUGUUAGCAAAAAGUUGCAAUCUAAGUCUAUGUGCCUUGAUGCUACCAUAAAACAAUUGAAAAAUGUGUCUUCAUAUUUUGAAAAGUAUCGAGAGGAAGGCUUUACAAAAAGUUUGGAUCUUGCUAAAAGUGUUGCAAUUGAAAUGAAUGUUGAGCCUGACUUUCCAACAAAACGUCGUGUUUAUUAA